AUGCUGCGCCGGUUCCUGCUCGGCGCCGCCGCCCUCGGGCUGGCGCGGUGCGAGGAGCUCGAGUUCGAGGACGAGGAGGUCGUCGAGAAGCGGCCCUUUCCCAAGACCUUCGAGGACAUGAUCUGGAUGGCGCCGCCGGCGAACGUGACCAUGCUCACGCUGGAGACCUUCGACGAGCUGACGGCGAACAAGACGUGCUUCAUCAACUUCUGCGCCUCCUGGCUCACGGCCUGCAAGGUGCUCGACCCGAACUGGGGGAGCCUCUACAAGGAGUUCGCGGGCGACGAUGACAAACUCAUCGCCCAGGUGGACUGCCAGCACGACGGCGCGUCGCUCUGCGAGAAGUACCAGGUCGAGAGCCUGCCGACGCUCAUGUUCGGCGCCGCCGACGAGCUCCAGGUCUACGAGGACGGCCGGUCCUGGGACUCGCUCAAGGGCUUCGUGACCUACCGCAUGAAGAAGCAGUGCUCGCCGGCGCACAAGGAGUACUGCUCCACGGAGCAGGAGAUCAACCUCGCGCGGUACGUGACGAUGGACGAGGAGGAGCUCGAGAUCGCGACGGAGAAGAUCGAGGAGAAGAUGCACAACAUCGGCGCGGACUACGGCGGCAAGAUGUGGACGCUCCAGAACCAGUACGACACGGCCAUCCGCGUCAAGGAGAAGCACAUCCGCGGCAUGAUGGGCGGCUCCCCGUGCCGAAUUCAACCACUGGUACGGGCGGUCCUGACCGAACUUCGGAAUUCUCGAGCUCGGUCGAAUCGAAGCGGCUCCUACGGCACGAUGAUGGCCGUGAAGGCGUUCCGCGCGAAAAACGGCGAGGACAUGACGGGCCCCGCCACGGCGGCCGUCGACGUCGACGGGUCGACGGCCGCGGUCUAG